AUGCAGCACGUGGGGGUUAUCAGUAAAGAGGUCUGGCAGGACUGUAUCACCCUCUUCCUGCAGACUGAGAUGUGCUGUGAUGCAGCAAUUAUCACCAAUUCCCCACCUCGGAUAUUGGCUUCUUAUCCUCAAGGCAACUUGUUCCAGCUGACCCAGGAAGAAAUCCAGACUUUACUGAGUCGGGAGGAGAGGGAGAAGUUUUUUCUCCAGGGAAUCACCCUUGCUGGAACCAAAUGCUUGUUGAUUCGAGACAACCUGUACACUAAGGGCAACAACACCAUGGAUCUGCGCACCAAAGGCCAGAGUCGAGCCAGCCAGGCAGUGACAGUAAUUCAAGUUGAGUCUGUGUAUCUUGUGGUCAUGGGACAGAAAGGAACGGAAGGUGGACCUCUCAAUCUCAAGGCUUUUGAGAUGGCAGGUUACAUUAGAGAGGCCAUUCUUCAACACAUGGCCCAUUUCUAA